UAGUGUACUUCCGGUGACGUGAGUAGGUUGUUCCAGUAUUGUGGAAUACGUCGUGCGUCAUUUUCACAGAACUUCAGUGUUUCAUUAGUACAGUAGGGUUAAUAAUAUAUACAACUUUUACCAUGCUGUCAUUGUAGGGUAAAAUACUGGUGUGUACUCCUUAUAUAGUAACGUGUAGUACUGGUUUUGGUUGCAGUCAUUUAGCAAGAUCGCAUCGUCUUUGCUAACGGAUAUUAUGAUUGAUUGUUCACACCCAGGAGGAGAUAUGAACGAAAAUCCCAAAAAAAGAAAAAGAAAGAAUUCCUAUCCUGAACGCUAUUCAGCAGUGUCCAUGGCUUCUCUUUUCAUGCCUACAGAACUUGGUAGCCAGGCCAAGGCCCGUUUACAGCAGGGGCUCAAACAAGAGCAUCAACAAGACUCACCAGGUCAUGAGUGGGCCCAGAGAAAUCGUUGUGUGGAGCGGCGUUCAUAUUCCACUGAAGUAAGCAGGAAGAUAGAAGAUAAUGGAAUCCUUUCGGACCACUGCUACAGCAUCUGUUCUUUGAGUGAUGCUACUGUUGAAAUCUCACAGUCUGAGGAUAAACUUUCUUCUUGUGAUGAAAGCAGAGAGUUACAGGAUAAUGCCAGUCAGGAACCUGUGUGCUUAGACAGGGAAGUAAUGUGCACAAAUGAGAAGGAAGACACUGAUAAUGCUAGCCCAAAGAAAGAAGAUGCUUCCUCAGAAACGCAGGACAGUGAACAGACUGAAACAUCAGACAGCUGCUUUGAGAUGUCUGACAUAAAGGACAACCUAAGCAUAACUAACCAGCAGAGAUGGCCCUUAUUGAGAGUAAAUAGUAGUGGCCUGUUUAAGUGUGAACAGUGUGAUUUUAACAGCAAAUAUUUUUCAGAUCUGAAGGGCCACAUAAUCUUAAAACAUAAAUGCCCUAUAAACUACUCCUGCAAAGUUUGCGGACAAGAGUUCUUAUCUCAUAGUCUGCUGAGUGAACAUUUAAAAGUACACAAGCAAGAUAGAUUUGUUUGUAGUUAUUGUGAUCACAGGACAAGUGAGCUUGAAGAUCUCAAUUUGCACGUUGCAGAAGUCCACUUCAAUGAUUUUCUCUACUGGUGUGAACAGUGUGACCUUCAGUUCUGUACUAUCAGUGAGCUGUACCUUCAUUUACAACAACAUGACAGUGGUGAACAGUAUUUGUGCCAAUUCUGUGAGCAUGAAACUAGUGAUCCGGAAGAUUUGCACAGCCAUACCUUGAAUGAACAUGCUGAUCGAUUAAUAAAGAUAAGCGAUAACAUCAGGAAGAAUGAGCAGGGCCAACUCCAGCUGUUCACUAGAAUCCACUUUGAUGAACAGAAGAACUUUUUUGUUUGUCAGCUGUGUGGCUACAAAAGCCGGCUACACAGUAACGUUAAUAGACAUGUAGCAAUUGAGCACACACGGUUUUAUCCAUAUGUCUGUGAUGAGUGUGGGAAGGGGUUUUCAAGUAUGCUAGAAUACAGCAAUCACUUAAAGUUGUAUCAUUCAAGAGAGAUUUUCUUGUGCCAAUACUGUGAGUAUUCGACAGGGCAGACAGAGGAUCUUAGAAUCCAUUUGGAUUUUCGACAUGCCAUUGAUUUGCCUCACAAAUGUAGGAAGUGUCUGUUGAGAUUUGUUGCAAAGGAAGACCUGAGAAAUCAUCUUCUAUCACAUGGAGAGACAUAGCAGAAGCUCAUUAAGACCGCUUGGCACUCUUUCUGUUUCAAAGCUUUGUGACAUGGGAGCUUCUACCUGUUGCGUAACCUCAUAUCCAGCAGAAUGUUUUAAGAGGUUGUCUGAAGUCCCAUUUUUUACCAAAUUAUAAAAUGGAACAGAGUGACAUAAUGGAUAGAUGUUUCUAAAUUCACUGUUGAGACCUGUCUAGAACUCUUGUUAAAGUAACAUAUUUAACUCUGUUGACCUACCUCCUUAGUUGUUUUUUUUUUCAGUACUUUGAGUCUUUGGUUUCCAUCUGACAAAUAUUGGUGUGCCCCUCCUUGGUAUGAAACAUGUUGCCUGAUUUUUAUGACUUAUAUUUCAGAUUUCUUUGUGAGUGUACCUUUUUCUCCAGCUCUUGUUUGUAGAACAUCUUAAAACAUGCAACUGUGCAACUUUUCUAUUGACCAUGAUCAAGCAUGAAUACAGUCUGCCUUUGCUUGUAGGGUGGGGGGAGGUGAGAGAAAAAGCUCUAGUGUAGUGCAUGUUAUAGAGUUCAGAAAAUGGCUGUAGGACUUUGGUAUAUAUGUACUGUCUGUCGUAAUUGGCAACAAGACUUCAGAAUAUUGUAUGAUGGUUUUUGGUGAUGUGUGUCUGACUUCAGUUUCCGUUCUUAACGAUGUGUGUUAAAAUGCAGUUUGAGCAAAUUCAGAAUUGAAUUAUAUACUUGGUUAGUAAAAAGGUACCUGAGGGAGCAGUUGCUAUGGAGAGAGUAAAUUAUGUAUACGUUCCACAAUACCUGUCUGUUACUAAAUCAUUCUAGCAGUAGUAAACACUGAAGUAAC